CAGGCCGCCUCCGCCCGGGCAGCCCGGCCGGCGCUGGGCCUUGGCCGCCCUCCUCCUUGCUUGUGCGGGUUUUUGGUAUAAAAGUAGGCUUUUUACCCAGGGGUAGCCAGCCACUGCCCAUAGCCAACAAAGACACAAGAUACGUUUCUGUAACCACUCAUGCGUUCUUGAAACUGCUGCCUUUCAAAUGCGGGAGAAACGGGAUAACAUUUCUGCUUUUAGGGUAAAAGAAUCGGUGCUUGCCCGUGUCUGGGUCAGGCCAAUAUGCGACAAGGCAGGCAGACCCAAGGCAGCCUUGCACAUAGAGGAGAUCAGGCUGCUCCCGCUUGCUUCUCCGAGCGAGUUCUGGCGGGAUAAUGAGCCUUUUGUGUAGCUUCAUCUGAGGUUUCUUGUUAUGCUUUCUUCCUUACUUAGGGCAAGGAGGUCAUGCAUACCUGCAAGAAUGGCUUUGGUGGGCAGGGCUGCUGUUCACCUUUAAAAAGCUGUUCCAGGAGAAGAACAUGACUGAGAAAUAUGAAACGGGUCAAAACUCCUUUCAGCUUUCAGAACAUUGUGGAAAUAUUUUUCUGUGGUUACUGCUCAGCUGCAUAGCCACAUAUGACUAAGGAUCACCAUGCAUAACCACGAGCCUUCUCUUCCCAAGAGAAUCUGUGUUGGGCUUCUGCGUGUUCUUGCUGGUGCUGUUCUUCCCUGGUUGCACGACAUACCUCAGAGAAACACAGGAUGCUCAGUGGGAAUUGGAGAAGCAGCAAAUUUUGCUGCCUAUGCCUUUGCCCCUGCAACAUUGGUAACUCCACUGGGUGCUCUAAGUGUCCUUGUUAGUGCAGUUCUGUCUUCCACCUUCCUGAAUGAGCAGCUGAAUGUUCAUGGGAAGAUUGGCUGCAUCCUGAGUAUCCUGGGCUCUACGGUGAUGGUGAUCCAUGCUCCGCAGGAAGAAGAGGUUUCCAGUUUGGAGUCAAUGGCAGAGAAGCUGAAAGAUCCAGGAUUCAUUGUAUUUGCUGUAUGUGUCCUGGUGAGCUCCCUUCUGCUUAUCUUUGUGGCUGGACCCCGUUACGGACAGAGCAACAUCCUGGUUUAUGUUUUGGUCUGCUCUGCCAUUGGCUCACUUUCUGUGUCCUGCGUCAAAGGCUUGGGGAUUGCCCUGAAAGAACUGUUUUCUGGGAAGCCAGUCCUGAAAGAACCUCUGGGCUGGGUGCUCCUAGUGUGCCUGGUGAUCUGCAUCAGUGUCCAGAUCAACUAUCUGAACAAAGCCUUGGACAUCUUCAACACAUCUGUGGUCACACCCAUUUACUACGUGCUGUUCACCACAGCAGUCAUGAUAUGCUCUGCCAUCCUCUUCAAGGAAUGGCAACACAUGGUGCUAAAUAACAUCAUCGGCACCAUCAGCGGCUUCCUCACCAUUGUGUCCGGCAUCUUCCUCCUGCACGCCUUCAGGGACAUGCCCUUCACCCCUGACCUCCUGCCCCUCUUCCUGCAGCAAGGCAGGGCAGACCUGCACGCCUCGUGGAGGAGUGCAGACAGACAUCAGUCAUGUCAGCACCAGCCUCUUCUGCCCUCAGAGGAUAAAGGCUCUCGGAGCACAGAGGAGGAAGAGGAGGAAGGUGAAAGCGUGUGAGGAAGCCUCUGAACUGCUAGCUUUCUGCUCCCACUGCCGAGCAGCUCCACUGCAAGGUUGAACAUGCUGCCUCAGCUGCUGCUAGCUACUGCUGCACUAGCAGGAGUCGGCAGUUAGUGUCUACGGGCCCCAGCCAUGAGAUGGGUGACCUGCCACUGCCAGGAGGCUGCCUGGGACAGCAGCCUCCUGCAGCCACAGACAGGAGCCCUGGGAACCACACAGGUCCCGGGAUCCGGUGCCUUUUCACUGUUCUUUUACAUGAAGAAUUGAUCCACCCUCGUCAGGACACAGGCCUGCAGCACUAACACGGUGCUAACCCUUACUGAAUGCAAAGAAUGCAUUUGGGAAGGCCUCACAGCAUUUUUUAAAAACACUUAGAAGAUUAACAGUUACAAAAUAAUAUAACAUGGUGCUAAGAUUACAUGGACAGAAGAUGGGUGUCUAGCUUUGAAGAUUACAUACCCAGAAUAUUAAGUCAAAAAUUCCUCUGUCAAGUACUUGUUUUGCUCACUCUGCUAGAAUUUAUUUACAGAUUCACAUCCAACAGAAUACAGCAAAAACUGGAAAACUUCAGUGCUGCUGCCACAUGCUGCUGUGGCUCUUACGGAGGGACCAACCUCUUCAUGCAACAUCUGCUAUACAGGUUGAUGAAGCACAUGCUUACUGUGUUCUAUUAAAAACCAAUUUGUUCAGUUAACAAGUGGCUAGUGAUACAUUUGUACCGAGAGCUGGGCCAGUGCUGAAAGGUGUGAAGGAUUACAGGGGCAGAAAGAACUGUGGAUGCUCGAGAGAAGCUCAAGAUAGGGACAGGAGAGGGAAUCGCUUACUGUGGGAACAGGAGUGACCCAGGAGUCCUUAGCUAUUCAGGUAACUAGACAGCUGUGUCCUCAUGUGGGUUUAUAUCUGCAUAGCUCUGUUUAACAUCCUGAAUUUGUUCCCAGGAAGGCUGCUGGCUUGGAAUGCACACACCCUGUCCAGCCACCCAUGGCAAAUGGAUGUGUGCAGAACUGCUUUACCAGGCUCCUGUGCAGAGCUCUAAGCCACUGUCAGUGGGUUACUCCAGGCUUCCCAGAGCCACACUUAUGUAAACACUGCUGAAAUGCUAUGCUGCCUUUCCAGAGGGUGGAUCAGUGGUUUGUUUUUCCAGUUAGAAGCUGCUCUGUGUGUCCUGGGGGCAGAGCCAUAGGCCUCCCUCCAGUGAUUUCCACAGCUAAAGGUGCAUGAGGUUAUAAAGUAACUGUUUACUUAUUUCCUGCAUUUAGUCUCUAAAGAAACUACACCUUUACAGGACAGUAAGAGCUGUUAACCCUUUGGGGAAGAGGAGGAAAGGCCACACAGCCUCUCACAGAGACAAGUUUGAUUCAUGGGACCAAAUUCAUUGAGCGACAAAUCAGAAUUCAAAGCAGACCUUCUACACAGAAGAAAAUUAUGCACCCUCCCUACUAAUUUUGCAACACACUGGAUCACUGGGAAGGAGGGAGAGUGACGAGGCCAGAUUUUCAAUUCUCAGUGGUCAUCUACCUGAACAAAGGAAAAUCUCAUGUUAAAAAUUGACAUAGUUAAUAUUUAUUACAUUGACCAGGGGAAAGCAGUUAACGGAGCAAGUCAGUAUUGACAGAGUUGUGCUGCAAUUUGAAAAUUUGUCACUUGGCCACAUGAAUGAUUUACCUAUGGAAGCCUGAAAGUAUUUUCCAGUAGCGACACUGCCUGGGACGAUCACUAUGCCCAACAAGCUCUUCUUGCUAAGGGUACCUGUACUGGACUGCACGCUGAUGGCACUGGCAGGGAUUGUUAGCAUCUACCCUGGAAGGCUCAUUUUGUGCAGCAGCACCGUGUAAGGCAGCACCUGCAGGCUGGCCUCGCCCAGAGCUGAGACUCACAUCAGCGCUGGGAGCAUCCCCUGAUGCGAGCGUCACCACCCCUCCGUUCAGCUGAGUGGUGCGUUCCAGACGCUCCCUGUGUAUCAUCGGUAACCCGGGAGUCCCAGCACAAAGACGGCUGCUGACCUGUGGGGCUGGGAGCAGCACAUCACCCCGAAGAGGAGCAACCAUGCGUCUGUCGUGGGCUCUCGUCUAGCUGCAACUUCCCCAAGACUGGCAUUUAAUUAAAUCCUAAACCCCACAGCCGAUCCUGGCUCAUUCAGGCGGCAGUGACCGGGAGCUGGUGCGGCGGAGGGCCCAACCUCAGUGGGCUGGCCAGCAUCCCCCGGGGCGCGGGUCCUGCUCAGUCGGACAGGCUCUCCGAGAAGGCCGACUUGGACUUCUGUGUC